ACAUCAAUUAUAUAUCCGGUAGUAGUACGUGGUAGUUUUCCUGCAAUUAUAGUUUCAGUUUCAUUUUUGGCUACUCUAUGAAGUAACCCUAAAUCAAAUUAUGACUGAACUGGAAAUCAGAUGUGGCUCAGAAGGCAUUUGCGAGGUUACUAUAUAUGCAUGUCUAUCACUGUGUUAAAACAUGAAGCAAAACUUCCUCAGUUAUAAAACUAAGGAUUCCAUUAGGUGUGCAGAUUGGUUUUAAGCCACACUAGAAUGGUUGUCUGUACUUGAUAUUGUAUUUGUUUCUUUGCUUUGUUCACAUGAUGAUUUAUUGGUUCUUAUUCUGGUCCUCUUUCUCCUUAUGAUUGUUCCCUUGGACCUCCAUUAUGAUUUUGCAGAUGGGUCCGAUCCGACAUCAUACUCAGGGAAGAUAGUUGAGUGUUCUUGGGAUUCUGAAGAAGACGUAUGGAUGUGUAUGCGGAUUAGGCCUGAUAAAGGGACCCCAAAUGAGUUUAACACCUACAAGAAGGUUAUGAGAAGUAUAAGGGACAAUAUCACGGAGGAAGUCGUUUUGGACGAAAUAAAUGAGAUCAUUCGCCUACCAAUGUAUGCAGAUAGAAUACAGAAUGAGAGCAAAGCCCACCAACACUUAAACUCAUCACGUCGUAGGUGAAUGAUUGACCUCUUAAGUCGAAGAUGUCUCACCAAAAGGAUCUACAACGUGGCCUUCACAUGAGAAUAUAAGAGGAUUAUUUAGAUAAUUACAAGUUGGUUCGUCGAACGAUUCUGUUUGCUCCCUAAGCGAUCUUUUGUGCGGUGUUCUUUUCCAGAGUAUUCAAGAAACUUAGGAAUUAAAAGUACAGUCACCGUGUAUAUUAGUACUAUUUUGAUUUAAUUUU